AUGACUAAUUCAGUGAGACUUGAUCGGAUGACUAAUUCAGUGAGACUUGAUCGGAUGACUAAUUCAGUGAGACUUGAUCGGAUGACUAAUUCAGUGAGACUUGAUCGGAUGACUAAUUCAGUGAGACUUGAUCGGAUGACUAAUUCAGUGAGACUUGAUCGGAUGACUAAUUCAGUGAGACUUGAUCGGAUGACUAAUUCAGUGAGACUUGAUCGGAUGACUAAUUCAGUGAGACUUGAUCGGAUGACUAAUUCAGUGAGACUUGAUCGGAUGACUAAUUCAGUGAGACUUGAUCGGAUGACUAAUUCAGUGAGACUUGAUCGGAUGAUUAACGCAUAA